UUUUCUCAAAAAAAAAAAAAAAAAAAAAACUCAGAAGACACUAGUUUUCCAUACCCAAUGCAUUUCUUUUUCUUUCUUUAGUUUUUUUUGGCUUUGUAACUUUGUUCUCUCUCUCUCUCAGAGUUUGUUUUUUUACCAAGAAACUCACUUCUAAACUUUGAUCCACCACCAUUUCUUAGCUAUUGUUUUCUUUGAUUCUUGGUUGUAGAUUUAGCAGUGGACUGCAAUUUAUAACAACAACAUAUAUAGCCUUAGUUUCAAAAUUUUGAGACGGGUUAUGGAUCCUCCACAAAUAUUUAGCAGUGGGCCAGAAUUGGCAAAUUUUGUGGUCAGCUCUGGUGUCCUGAACCAAUCCUUGGCAACGGUUCAGGAUCUUCACGGAGAAAAAAUCAAUCAAAAUGAACACCCAGUAAGACACAAAGUUUCUCCGCAAUCAAACUGUACCAUCAUAGCUUUUUCUACUCAACCUGCUCGUGCCAAAGACUAUAUUCAGGAAAGAGGAGAUUUGGUUUCAUCAUCAACUCUUGAGGAGUCUUUUCCUCUCUUCAAUUUUCUGUGCACCAAAAACAACCCAGAUUUCGCCAUUAACAAAACCGCUCUUGUGCUUUUUGCCUCCAUCAGUGAUAGGCUUCCCUCCUUGAAAUCUGAGAUUGACAAUUUCAAACCAUUAAUUAUCACUGGAAACUUUUUGGGAGGAUCUGUUGCCUCUCUAUUUACCUUAUGGCUGCUAGAAACAAUCAAUUUUUCGAUCACCAAACGCCCACUUUGUAUCACUUUCGGUUCACCCCUUAUUGGUGAUAAUGGCUUGCAAAAUGCCAUAUUGAACUACCCAACAUGGAGCUCUUGUUUUCUGCAUGUAGUUUCUCACCAAGAUCCAGUCCCAAGAGUCCUAAUUUCACCCCACAAUCCUCCUGCCACUGAAUCAGCUUCACAAACAAAUGUUUACAAGCCUUUUGGGACUUUUCUCUUGUGCUCGGAAUCCGGAUGUGGUUGUUUUGAGGACUCUCAAACCAUUUUGGAGUUGUUGAUGGCUACCUACUCAGAGGGUCCUGGAAAUCAAAAUCCUAAUCAAGUUUUGGAGCUCUACAGAAAGAUUGUGGAAUAUCUCAAUCAUAAGGUAAUUUGUGGGGAUACCACAAGGUUGCUUCAAUGGACUACACCUCCACUACGGGCAGGCAUUAUUAUUCAACUAGUAGCAAUUAAUGGACUGAAGCGACCACAGCAACAACCACAGAACAAUGGCCUAAACAAUAUAAUUACAAAGACAGAAGAGCAAGAAAUGAAAUUGUUCAAGUCCAAGGGACAGGGUUUUGAUCCCUCCAAGAAGUUGAAUGAAAUAAAAAUAAAUAUGGCUUUCUUUGAAUGGUACAAGAAGUUUUUUAAGCAAAAGGGAAUUGGAUACUAUGACAGCUACAAGAAUGGAAGCUCUACAAGUGAUAUUGAUGUGAUAAGGUUUAAGAAAAUCCUCACUGGUUAUUGGGAAGAAAUGGUGGAUGAAGCAGAGAAAAAGCCCCAGAAAGAAUGUGCCUCCUUUCGUACCCGAUGGCUCUUUGCAGGAACAAAUUAUCGACGGAUGAUUGAACCACUAGACAUAGCUGAACACUACAAUGAGAGCACACAAGACUACAUAUUGUCAAGGUCUAAACAUUACGAAAAAUUGGAACAAUGGUUGAAGGAAACGGAGAAGCCUUCUAGUGGCCCAAAUGAUUUGAAGAAACAGAAUGUGGCGUCAAGUCUAACAGAGGAUUCUCUCUUUUGGGCACAUGUUGAGGAGGCUCGCAUUUCAGUAGCUCGCAUUUCACGCAAAGGAGAAAGUGAUAUGGAGAAAGAAUCAUUAAAUUGCAAACUGAUUGAGUUUGAAAACUAUGUGUUGGAUUUGAUGAAAAAUUAUGCAGUAUCGCCUGAGAUUUUCUUAACAGGGAGCAGCUUCAUGAAAUGGUGGGAAGAGUAUAGAAAAAUUAAGGGAACUUCUUAUAGUUCACGUCUCACUAACUUAAUGAAUAAUGCUGAGAAUUACGACAAAUAUGCUAUUGGCUGCCUAGUGAUUCACUGAAUGUUUUAUGGUAUGAAUCACAUGUUUCAAUAUCUAUGUGUUUCUUAAGGUUAUCAUGACUUUUGAGUGGAUUUUGUGGUGUCCUUUGUGUUAGAACCACAUUUUUGUUUUUUCUUUUGUGUAUUUUUGUUUCUCCAAAACAUAAAAAAAGAGAAUAUCUAUGUGUGCACUUUCCUUCAAUUAUGUCUAUAAUAAAUUGUUUUUUUUUUU